UGCGCAUCGAUAUCUUUACGCAGCUCGUCGCCGGCAUGCUCUUGACGAAUUAAUUGAAUCCGGGCCGCUUCGAUGGGCUUCCUAAAGUCAUGGCUUCCGAACUCGAAACUAGUACCUUGCUCGAAUGGAUCAACAGUUUCUCCCUCGGAACUGUGAUCCGGUCCAGCAACGAUCUGAGCGAUGGGUCAAUCCUGUGGGAGAUCCUGCAGGACAUUGAUCCUCAGUACUUCCUUGGGAACCUCCCCGAAAAUGCCCCCGCGGAUCACUGGGUUCCAAAAUGGCAAAAUCUAAAGCACAUCCACAAACUGCUAAUCACCUACAUCCGAAACCAGAACGACGGCGAAGUUCCGGCGGGCCUCUCAACCGUUCCCGACCUCAAAGCGAUAGCUGAAAGCGCCUUCGUCAAGGAUACCAACCGUCUUCUAAAGUUGUUGUUGAUGGCGGCUAUUAGUUCCCCUCACGCCGAAUCCUACAUCACCACAAUGCAGGAACUUUCCACGCAAACGCAGGAAGGAUUGAAGGACAUAAUACAAGAAGCCCAAAGCCCCUCCGAAGAUCGCCUUGAACAGAUCAACUAUGAACAGGACGAAUAUAGGGCUAGGCGUGAUAUUGCUAUGGAUCCUGAACUACAAUUCGAAGAACGCGUCGGAAAAUUAUUGGCGGAGAACGAUAAACUCUCUCAUGAAAAAAAGGAGCUGGAAAAGGCUUUGGAAGAUUUACAUGACCGGUUAGCGAAACUUCAAGAGACGAAUGAUACCCUGGAGACAAAGCUUUCGUCGACAGAAGACCGACUGGCAACCCUUAAAGCUGGGAAGGGCGACCUAGGACCCGACGCAGUCGGUUUUGAAAGCCGAAACCGACAGCAAGAGGAUAUAAUCGCAUCACAAGAGGCAAGGCUGAUUGCAGCACAGGACGAAAUUGAUACUUUGCGAAUGUCACUGGAAUCGAUGCGUCAGAAAAAUGAAAGAUAUCAAAAGCUGCAAGAUGACUAUGAUGAGAUCAAAAACGAAAGGGACCAGCUAUCCAGAAAAGCAAAUGCGGCCGAGAAGUAUCGACAGAAACUUCAAGUCAGUCAGGACUUUGAAAAGGAGAACCAGACGCUGAAAAUCCAGGUGAAGGACCUGAAGCAACAGCUGAUGGAAAGCGACUCUAACCAGCGGCUUUCAUCUGAGCAUAGCAAAGAGCUUCACAAGUACAAGCAGCUCAUAACACAAAUCGAACAAGACCACCAUGAAAUCCAGAAUCUAAAGAAGCAGCUGGAGUUUGAUAACCAUGCCCUGAACGAAAGGCUACAAGGUUCUGACGAGCAGCACUCCCGGGAUGAGGCAACUAUCGCUGAACUGCGAGAGCGUAUAAGGGAACUUGAAGGUUUGGAAAGCCCUGGUACCGCAACACCAAAAGGCCAUGGAACGUUCCAACGUGAUCUUGAUGAAGCUGGAAAACGGGAGGCUCAACUCAACACUGAGAAGGAAGAACUUCGGAAAGAACUGAGGAAGGUUAAAGGCAAUUCUGAGUCUCCUGAAAGCGAUAUUGAAAACGAGACUUAUCGAAAAUUGCACGAGGAGUAUGCGACACUGCGCACCAAGCUUACCGAAACAGAAUCACGCGCGGAAACAACUGAGCGUGAGCUCUCAGAUGCGAAAAUUGACUUGGGGCUUGUUGAUAAGGAUAAGUUGGACAUACUCAACGAAAUUAAAGAGUCGAAUGCCUCGGAAAUCGCGAAGAUGCGUGCGGAUUGGGACACACUUCAAAAUAGGGUUCGAGAGCUUGAGGGCAAACUCGACGUCAGCCGCACGAUUGUCAGAGAGGUUUGCAGCGAGAGGAAUGCCCUUCGUGCUGCCCGUGACGAAAGAGAGGAGGAACUCCGGGGCGAAGACCAGGUGACGCUAUACGAAAUGAAGAAACUCCUCGAGGAGCUUACAUCCCGAAUCAACGGCACUUCAGAUAAGCCAGAGUCAUCGCCGUUAGAGCUUCUGAAAGAAUUCGCUGACACGACAGAGAAAAAUGCUGAGAACCUUACGAAGCGCGUAGAGCACAUUAAAGAGCAAAAUGUACUCAUCAAAUCGUUGCAAGAGCGGAUCGAGCAUUAUGAGGAUUUUUCGGCAGAUUUGGAUGAGUUCAGAGCUGCUAAAGAGCGAGAGGCCGAGCUCAUGCAAGUCGUCCAACGUCAGGCCCGAGAAAUUGCUCUCAUAUCCUCCGCCUGGUACAACUUUCAGUCGCGAUUGCAGAACCAGAAUGCGGGUGGUAUGGCUCGGUACCAUCAGCGCGGAGGCGCGAAUGGAGGUGGCAUGGGCUCGGAGGUUGGAAGGACAUGGUUAGUACGGCAGAGAGCUAUGGUUGGCGGUGUUGGAGGUAAGGGAGCUGUGGGCAAGUGAUGUGAAGAUCUCCAGGUGGAUAUUAUGAGUAACAAAAAAGAGCGGCUCCAAAAGAGCUUCCCUCGUCCGCGGCAACGAUUCUGGCCGCCUGUGUCCAUGGCCCUAGGCGUCAUUUGCCUAGUUGUCUAUUUGCAAUUUGUUUUCACCUUUUGUUUUCCCUUUCAUCUUUUUUAUUUUGUCAAGUGCUUCAUAGCCAUACUAGAUACAUACAGGAUAC